AUGAUCCAUCCCGCACCCCGGCUCUCUGUGCCCGCCGCGCUGGCCCUGGGCUCGGCCGCGCUGGGCGCCGCCUUGGCCACCGGCCUCUUCCUGGGGAGCCGGUUCCAUCCCUGGCGAUCCCGGCGAGAGAAGCGCCUGCUGCCCCCUGAAGACAGCCCCCUGUGGCAGUAUCUGCUGAGCCGCUCCAUGCGGGAGCACCCGGCGCUGCGGAGCCUGCGGCUGCUGACCCUGGAGCAGCCCCAGGGAGAUUCCAUGAUGACCCGUGAGCAGGCCCAGCUUCUGGCCAACCUGGCGCGGCUCAUCAAGGCCAAGAAGGCUCUGGACCUGGGUACUUUCACAGGCUACUCAGCCCUAGCGUUGGCCUUGGCGCUGCCCCCGGCCGGGCGCGUGGUGACCUGUGAGGUGAACCCGGGGCCCCCGGAGCUGGGGCGGCCCCUGUGGAGGCAGGCUGAGGAGGAGCACAAGAUCGACCUUCGGUUGAAGCCCGCCCUGGAGACCCUGGACGAACUCCUGGUCGCGGGCGAGGCCGGCACCUUCGACAUGGCCGUGGUGGACGCGGACAAGGAGAACUGCACCGCCUACUAUGAGCGGUGCCUGCAGCUGCUGCGCCCCGGAGGCAUCCUCGCGGUCCUCAGUGUCCUGUGGCGCGGAGAGGUGUUACAGCCUCAACCAGGGGACACCGAGGCCCAGUGCGUGCGAAACCUGAACGAGCGCAUCCUGCGGGACGCCAGGGUCCACAUCAGCCUCCUGCCUCUGGGCGACGGCCUCACCUUAGCCUUCAAGAUCUAGGGCCGGCCCCUAGCGGGUGGCCUCAAGGAAGGGGACCUGGGAACCCCAGACAUCAACCCUGAGUUUUAAAUUCGACAAUAAAGUGGGGCCUGGGACACGA